AUGCAUUUUUCUUCCCUCUUGGCUGGGCUGGCUCUCGGCUCGGUUCUGGCUACUGCCGAACCCAUCCGUCGUUCCACCUCCAAGUACCCUGUGAUCAAGACCAACAAGGGUCCCGUUCAAGGUGUUGCCUCUGAAUUCCGUGACGAAAUCACUGUCUACAAGGGUAUCCCAUUCGCCGCCACUACUGGCGGUGAAAACCGCUGGAAGGCUCCCAAGCCUCGCAAGGCCUGGUCGAGCGUUCUGAAGGCUGACUCUUGGGCCCCUCAAUGCGCACAGGCGACCUCCUCCUCUGCUGGAAUCUUCAACACUGCUUCCAACAUCUCCAGCGAGGACUGCCUGUUCCUCAACGUCUGGACCCCCACCUACAAUGACACCAGCGACUUGACCUCGAAGAACCUCCCCGUGUACUUCUGGAUCUACGGAGGUCGCUUUGAAGCCGGAUCUGGUGAUGUCGUUACCUACGAUGGCUCGGGUCUUGCCAGCAAGGACAUCGUUGUUGUUACCAUCAACUACCGUGUCGGUCCUUUCGGGUUCUUCGCCCACCCUGAACUCUCUGCUGAGUCCGGCCACAACAGCUCUGGAAACUACGGUCUUCUGGACCAGCAGUUCGCUCUGCGCUGGGUGCAGGAGAACAUUGCCAAAUUCGGUGGAAACCCUAACCAGGUCACCGUUGGUGGUCAGUCCGCCGGAUCGGCCAGCUCGCUCGACAUGAUGUUCUCUCCCCUAUCUAAGGAUAUGAUCAACGGUGUUAUCUCUGAGUCCGGUGCUCGUGGCCCUCACGACCCUAUUACCGGCAGUGACGCCACUAGCUACCGCACCAAGGCUGCUGCUGAGUCCCAGGGUGUGACUUUCGUGAAGGAGAUGAACACCUCUUCUAUUGCUGAGAUGCGCAAGUUGCCCAUGGAGGAUAUCAUUAGCUACGGUGGCUCCCUUAGUGACACUAUCUUCGAGGGCACCCAGUUCGAGAACCUUACUAGCUCCUUCAUGGAGCCUCCUCUCUGGCGCCCCAACAUCGACGGUUACGUUCUCACCCACACCUACGGCGAGGCUCUUGACCUGGAUGCGCACGCUGACGUCCCCAUUCUGACUGGUAACAACGCCGACGAGUCCGGUGCUUCCACUGACCCCGGCUUCACCGUUGCCACUUACAAGAAGCUUUACUCUGAGAUGUUCGGCGAUUUCGCGGACGAGUUUUUCGCUCUCUACCCUGCCAACAAUGAGACCGAGGCCAACGAGAACAGCAACGAGCUUUUCCGUGAUCUGAGCCGUGUUGGUACUUGGCGCUGGGGUGUUGAUUGGACCGCUGGUGGUGCCAAGAGCAACGUUUACACCUACUACUGGACUCACACUCCUGCUGAGGAUGCUACCUCUGGCGCUUACCACGGCAGUGAGCUGUGGUACGUGUUUAACAACAUCCCAUACUCUGACUACGACAACGUCACCUGGACUUCUCUUGACUACCGUAUUGAGGAGAAGAUGUCCAACUACUGGGCCAACUUCAUUAAGACCGGAAACCCCAAUGGUGACGGAUUGGUCCACUGGCCCACUACUACCGAGGACAAGAACGUCAUGUGGCUUGGUAACUCCUGGGGUGCUGGUGUUCUGUCCAAGAGCGAGGCCCGCAUCGACUUCAUCAAGCGCUGGGAGGCCACUCUCAAGCAGUGGUAA